GUCAAGGUUUGACUUUAGUCGUCCGUCCGUGUCUGCUGCUGUGGGUGUGAGAAAGUGAUAGCGCGCAGAUUCGAGUGGAGAUGAUCGGCUAUUAACUUUCAGUCUCUAUAUAUAGACUUGGCUGUCGCUUUAUUUGCCCCGAUUUGCCACCAGUUUCAACUCUGUGCCAUUUUCUCGUUAUAGUCUUUGUAGUGUUUCUUUUUCCGAAAUUAUUCUGGCAGCAAAUUGGAUGAGCGAAGUAUUAGAACAUUUAAGCCGACUGGCACAAUAGAAGGUUUUGAUGUAAAGACAAAAGGCGCUCAUAAUUAUUAUUAGGUUGUAUUCGUCUGGAUGACGGCCGGCAUCCAGCAAGGUGGACGGAUUAUUAUUCGAAAAAUGAGUUUCGACGACUGUGCGCGGACGCACGAUCCGUGAUGGUCGGUGAUGGUUUCGAUCGGCAACUCAACAAUCUGCAUGACCUAAUCAAACGCUUCGCUGCUUAUUCCUUCAUUCCACCAACAUCAGAAGAUGCACAACCGGAUCAGGAUGGCCAUCCCUACGACUUCAAACAUUUACCCGGACGUUUCAGACGCUGUCCUUGCCGGAUUCGGUCUAGUCGUCGCCAAAGAGCAGCAAUGGCACCAAGAAGAUAUAAUGGCCAACGCUUUGUUACGCAACUCGUCGUUCGACAACACAACUGCAUCAUCAAAUGGCGACCAACAGACAGACAGUGAAUUGGCCCAUUUGCUGAUGCCCGUCUGGGCCUACCAGUCGGCCGCCGCUUAUUUGAUCUGCAUCAGUGUCCUCGGUCUCUUGAUGAACAUCGUCGUCGUCCUCGUCAUCGUCAACGAUCCGCAGAAGAUGACACCGCUGAAUUGGAUGCUGCUCAAUUUGGCCUGCUCAGACGGAAUGAUUGCCGGAUUCGGGACGCCCAUCUCGGCAGCUGCUGCUCUGCAAUAUAAUUGGCCCUUUAGCGAUGAAUUGUGCGUCGCCUACGCCAUGAUCAUGUCCACUACGGGAAUCGGAUCGAUCACGACAUUGACGGCGCUGGCCUUGUGGCGAUGUCAACUGGUCGUGUACUGCCCGGCAAAUCGGAACGGGGCCUUCAGUGGCGGCGGCGGCGGCAGCGCCAAACUGGGCCGGGUUCAGGCCGCCGUUUUGCUGACUCUCAUCUGGUCCUAUGCGUUGGCCGUCACUUGCCCGCCGCUGUUCGGCUGGGGACGCUACGACCGAGAAGCCGCCGACAUCAGUUGCUCGGUCAACUGGGAGUCCAAGAUGGCCAACAACCGGUCUUACAUCCUCUACAUGUUCGCCUUUGGAUUGCUCGUCCCGUUUCUCGUCAUCGUCGUCUCCUAUGUCAGCAUCUUGCGUGUCGUCAAAAAGACGAAAGAAAUGAGGAGAAAAUCGCAGGCCUCUUUGACGGGUUACAACAUGCACAGCAAGGAAAAGAAGAGCCGGCGAGCAGAGUCCGACUCGGAUCAACAACAUCCAUCGUCUACGAAUAAUAAAAUGAAAUCUCGGUCGAAAAAUAAAAUCAAGCGGAGCAUCAGCAACAGCGACGCGGCCGAGAAGCGAGUGACGGUGAUGGUGGCCUGUAUGGUCGGCGCCUUUAUGACCGCCUGGACUCCUUAUUCCAUUCUGGCCCUCUUCGAGACUUUCAUCGGAGUCGCCGACCAUUCCGCCGGACCAGGCAGGAACAUUUCGUUACACGACAACCAGCCAAAUGAGGAAGACAAUUACUUUUAUUACGUCGGGUCUAUUUCGCCGGCAUUCGCCACCAUUCCGUCACUAUUUGCUAAAUCAUCCGCCGUUUUUAAUCCGCUCAUCUACGGACUACUCAACACUCAGUUCCGAUCGGCUUGGGAGAAAUUUACGACUCGCUUCCUACGUCCACGACCACGUCGACACCGUCAUCGCCGCAACAGCAAAGAUUUGGCGGUGAACAUUUCCGGCAUCGCCAAGCCCAAUAGGAAAAAAGAAUGGUGGCAAUUGCUGAGUUGCGCAGGUGGCAAUUCGACGUCUCUGAGGCAAUCGGCCACUGUCCACCUGUCGAUGAAGGAAAUCGUUUCCAACGAGUCGCAAUUGGCUUACGUCAUGGCCAACACGGUGGGGGGCCAGCAGCAGGCCGUUAGCGCCCGUCAAGGAGAUCAAGAAGAUCAAGACGAUCAGCAACGACGACGGCCGAAAAAUCCGGCCAAGACAUCGUGUUCAUCAUCAAUGUCCGAUCCAGAAACAUUCGUCACUCAAGAGCAGACGAUCCAGAUGAAAUCCUUCCGGAAUCGACGUCCGCUCAGCGUCCAGCAGCAGCCGCCCCAGAAGCCGGAAGAGCAGCCAGCACAAGAACAAAAGGCCGCCACCACCAAGUUGGCGGCAGUCGGAAUGAUUUCAGAAUCGACCAGCUGCUCGUGCACCAACGGCGACCACAAUGUCGUCACGACCACCACAUUGGAGGAGGAAGUUUCGGUUUUCUCGGCGGAUGCGUCAGCUGACAACGACAUUGCCCAAAAGUGAAACUCGUCGUCAAAUGAAUCAUCCGCAGAACGCAGCAGACAUCAGUUGCAUCAGCUUGUCCAGCAUCAAAAUCGAAGUGAAAUAAUCGCAAACACUUUCUCCGCUGUCGGUUGGACAUGUGAUGAAUAAAUGAUUAAAAGCUCAUCGCAUCAGUCGCCCCUAUAAUGUAAGGCACUUACCAGUCGGGGCCAGAAUCUUUCGUAUCGUAAAUUUGGUCGAGUACAAUUGAUUCACAGUUUUUAUUUGGGCUGAUUAUGUAUGUCUCUAAUUUGAUGGAAAUUUAUACAUUCCUCUUUUUGAUGUUAUUAAUUUGGUAAAUUUCAGAGGAAAUGGGCUGUAUGAAAAUUUCUUCACGCAAUUAUUAGUGACCAUUUUUCAUGCCCCCUCUCGU